AUGCGUUCUGCCCUUCUUGCAACGGCCAUCAUCGGUCUGGUUGCGGCCUUCCCAUCUCCACAAGACAUCGACUUUGAUCUAGCAUAUGCCCUGCCGAAUCCUACCUUCACAGAAGCUGUGGGAGUUACAGCUCAGACGGUUGCGUACAACCCGAGCACGGUCUAUGCGGCAGCUGCAGCACAAGUCACCCAAAGCGUCACCGACUCCACUGCUGCUGUUGCUGCCACAGAUGCCACUCCUGUUGAGAAACGAGCAGCUGCGUGUGCUUCGCAGCCCGUGGGCUAUGGUCCGGUGCCGAGCCCGGAUACUGUGUCUGCAUUCCUCGCCUUGCCAGCGUACUCCCAAGCUGCUAUUGCGGCUUCGGCUCCAAGUGGAUAUGUCCAACAAUUCUCUAAUCUUCAGGCUUCCAACAAUGCGUACGGGUAUCUUGGCUACACUACCUUGAAAUCUUACGACGUCAACCUAUGCGCGGCCAAGUGUAACGCCAUCAAUGGGUGUAUCUCGAUCAACAUUCUUUACGAGCGCUCUCCAUCUCUCGAGCCUGGUUCAGGCGACUCAGGUUGUGCUGAUCCUGCAAGCACAACAUUAAUCAAGUGCGUCUUUUGGGGAGGACCGGUUUCGACUGGAAAUGCCGUGAAUCGUGGACAGUGGCGCAACAAGUUCCAGGUCGUCAUCGCCGGCUCCAAUGGCUACACCAAUGCUUCGGUCGCCUCAGUACCCGGCUACAGCCCAGCAACACCUCUUGGAAACGCUGCUAUCAACGCUCCAUACGACAAAUUCGGUUACAGCUCUUACCUAGGCGUGGCCAUGUUCAUUGGCUCGUUUGACGCAGCACUCUGUGCUAAAGCCUGCUCAGAGAAGAGUGCUCAUGCGAUCGCUCAUCCACCUACGGACGGCACUCCGGUUCAGACUUGCCAAUUCUUCAACACCUACAUCUUGUACAUCAACACCACGAAUAAUGUUCAAGGUCAAUACUGUGCCAUGUAUGCACAGUCCUGGGGCUCACAAUAUGCUACCAAUGUCGGGCAAUAUCGUGGCAACGACAAUUUCAAGAUUCAAUACAGCUUCUCGUACAGCAACAUUACUAACCCCGGCACGCCAAACCCUCUAGCUGCCGUCUAUCAAGCUCGUAACGACAUUCAAUGGCCUAGCAACUCGGCUCAGCCGUACUGCUCAUCCAUUCUCGGCUACACGACUCCCGUGGUCACUACUACCAUUGUCGCCACCUCAACUCCACUCACUACGACAACGACCACGAUAAUUCAAACCGACCUGACUACUACCACCAUCGUCAAGCCAACGACAACGACAACGACUGUGACGUCAACCAUAGUCGGCGCGGCUAAGCGUGACGUUGGUGUAAUUCCGACUGAAUGGACAACCAUUGACGGUAUCCGAGCUAAGGUCUUGCCGAGCGUUUUCGGACCAUCCACUACGGAGGCGGUCAAGAGACGUGAAAUUGUGCUUCCACAAGUUCUGAGCAAGUAUCCCGCAAGUAUCAUAAGCUCGGGCUGUGUUCUAGCCGCCACCCCUGUGACCAUUACCAGCACUGCUACCAGCCUCGUCACAUCAACGCUAGCCACGGUCUUCUCAACUGAAAUCCAGCACACCACGACAACCGCCACCGCAAGUGCGACGUCGGAGCCGAUCUUCACAGAAACCGCUGUUGCGACCUGCACAGCAUCGUACAAAUUCAGAAUCGCCGGUGGCCGGCACGAUGGCGAAUACGUCGUGGGCAACGAGCCUCUCAACAACGACGAAGUCAACUAUGGGGUCCUGUAUCCUAUCACUUUACUAGAGGCAGCCCCCGCCUACACUAUUCGUGCCGACGGCCGCAUUUCCGCUCUUUCCCGGCCGUAUGGCUGGACUGUAUACAACGGCGCCUGGUUAAGUAAUAUACUUACGAUGACCGACUUCUCUGCUGCCAUCUACGGUUGGAACUUCCUCCGCUGCUCCAUCGACACUAGUAGGGAAGUCGGAUCGGGGGCGGUAGGUGUCCUGUCGUGCCGACAGAGCAAUGGAGCUCCGUCCACAUUCGUGACUUGCACGAGCCUGGACUACGGCGUGUUCGCGUCGGCGGACAUCUCGAUCGCGGAAUCUUCCAGCUAUGGCUGCACGGGGGUGACGUUGCAGGCCAUUCCGGUUUGCGCGUGA